AUGGCGAUGCUAGAUUCUUUCUUCAGCAAAGGCUUCAAAGCCGCCAAGUGUAAAACCUUACUGAAACUUACAAUCCCUCGAAUAAAGUUGUUGAGGAAUAGGAGAGAGAUUCAGAUAAAGCAGAUGCGCCGAGAGAUUGCGAAGCUCCUUGAGACUGGUCAGGAAGCCACCGCUCGGAUUCGUGUAGAACACAUCAUAAGGGAAGAGAAAAUGACGGCGGCACAAGAAAUUGUUGAACUGUUCAGUGAGCUCAUUAGCGCACGCCUUCCAAUUAUUGAAGCACAAAGGGAAUGCCCUCUGGACCUGAAAGAAGCUAUUUCCAGUUUAUGCUUUGCGGCACCAAGGUACGCUGAUCUCCCGGAGCUGCAAGAGGUGCGGAUUAUCUUUGCUGCUAAAUAUGGUAAUGAAUUCGUCUCUGCUGCAACUGAGCUUAUGCCUGAAUGUGGUGUGAAUCGCCAGCUAGUUGAGCUUUUGUCUGUCCGAGCCCCUGCGGCUGAUGUUAAACUGAAACUUCUGAAGGAAAUUGCUGAAGAGCAUCAGCUCAACUGGGAUCCAACUGCAUCUGAAAGUGAAUUAUUGAAACCGCAUGAAGACUUACUCCAUGGACAGACCCAUACAGCUAGAAUUCUCAAACUGCCCAUUCCGGAAGAAAAGCAUGACGUGAAAAAUUCGGCUACUUCAAAACCUCCCUUCCCUGAACUCUCGGAUUCGGAUGAAGAUUUCGAGAUCAUAGAUUUUUCAGAAGUUCCUAAACGGUCAUUACAGCCUAAUAAAGGCAAUGUCUCGGUCCUCGAGAUGCUGCCUUUCCCUGCAUCCGCAUUUUCUGAUGACGAGGAAGAUCAAGAAGAGCAAAAUGUUGAUUCCAAAAGUAACGAGCAUCUGUCAUACUCUGUGCCGAAGAAUGUUUCGCAAGAGAAGUCGACUGGUCAGGCGGAGGAAAAACAGUUUGUGCCGUUUAUGUAUCUUCCAUCACAAGCUCCAGCCUGUUUUGAUGUCAAAGAGACCACAAAUAAUACCAACUUAGAUUUACAAGAUGUGUUGACAGCAGCACAGAUGGCAGCCGAGAGCGCGGAGAGUGCUGCAGUGGCUGCACGCUCGGCGGCUAGAAUUGCUGGACUUCGGAUUAGUGAGCUCGUUGAGAAAAACAAGCGCAACGACGAGACUGAAAAUCCUUUUCAUCUCGAGAAAUGGCAAGAGUAUGUGCCUCGUGAGAUUAGUUCUCAGCCCUCGUAUGAUGGUGGAAAAGGGGAUUUCGAUUCCUUCUCUCCUCAGUGGGAUAGUGUGUCUUCUAAUGACAGUUUUGACAAGUCUCCUCAGGGAUUAGCAUCAAUGGAUGAUGAGACAUAUUUUUCCUACCCGAACUUAUUUACAUGA